AUGGAUGAAAGCCCCAGAGACAUUCUACUCACUCCCUCUAGCCACAAUGUAACCACGUCCCCCACUCCUCUUAACAGUAACUCAAGCGAGAAAAAGUCCAACACUGUGCCUCCUCACACGGAUAAGCCAAAUACACCUAAUCCUAUCUCCUCAUCCCUCUCCCCUUCUCAAACUAAUAACCCUAACCCAAACCCCCACUCACCUUCAUUAAGUACCCCCACGGUUCAACUAAUAGAGUGUGACAACACUCUUACUCUCUCCACUCUUAACCCUUCUGUUACCAUAACACAACCUCAACCACAAUAUACACAACCGCAGUCUGGUUCUAUACUCUCAUUUACCAGAGAACACAACAAUACCCAGCCUUCUUCCAGCAACAUGGUUAAUGCAACUGACAAUAUUGUCCGACAAUCCUAUCAACCAAGCAGUGGAAAACGACGGGGAUGGAAAAGGAAACCAGCUCCAGCAACUAGCCAAAAAGACAAUCUAUCCCCAUCUAACCACAAGAAAGAAAAGCAGCCUCACUAUUACAGAAGUGUGCUCCUGGUCAAUUCAAAAGCUGACAGUACUCAAAUAAUAAUCUAUGCACUUCGUUAUGUAGAAAGGCGGGGCUGUGGUGGGCGGAGGAUUGUGGCAGAUUCGGUCGGGUGGAUGGUGCCUCGGUUGUUCGGCGGCGAAGGUGUCGGACUGUCGAACCUCCGCUGCGCUUCCAUCCUUCUUCCCCUUUCCUUCGGUGUUGGGACUGGGGUGGACCAUUGCUCUGACAUCCGGCCAGUGGUGAUGGCAGAGGUGGGGCAGUGGUGGGUGGUGGAUUGUGGCGGCUUCGGGUGGUCGGAGACGUAG